AAUGAUGGUCGUCUUAAAAGAUACCACGACCACAAGUGAAAGACAGUCCGAUCGACAAUGGGUACAUAUUUCCCCUCUUUAAGCCGAUACCGUGACGACACAACAUUCAGCAUUACAAAACGUCAUUUAGGUGCCGCGUGGACUUGUCGAGAUGCAUGCGGGCAUGGGCCAUGGCCGCCAGACGCUGGACUCGCUGUACCCGCAGGCGCGUAAGCUGCAGUUCGAGCUCAAGAUGCAGAUGAGCUACCUGGACUCGGGCCGUACAGGCGGCAAGACGGACGCCGAGUUACAAGCCGAAGCCAGAGGGAACCUCAGUACACUGGAGCAGCUUCUGUGGCAACUGGACUCGCUCGUACAGACCAAUGCCAAGCCUACAGAGAAGGACACAUGGACUAAAAGACUGCAGCAGCUGCGUAGUGAGACCCACGCUCUGGGCAGCACACUGGAGCAGCAUAUUUACAGUGUAAACCGCCGUGCAGUUGAGGCGCGAGAACGCGAGAGUCUCAUGAGCAGACGAAACGCGGGUUUUGAUAGUGGCAAUGGAGCCAUGUACGCAGCGCAGGAGUCGGAAAGUCUGCAGCGAUCGUCACAGAUGGUCUCAGACCUCACGAGUCUGUCGCAGUCCAUUCUGGGGGAUCUGGGCGAGCAACGUAACCGCAUGAAGGUGCGUGUAUCUACAGUAUAGGAGGGAGAAGGAGAGGCUGAUGAGGCACUAUGUGAUUGUGUAGAAUGUGCGCACCAAAUUGUUGGAUAUUGCGAAUAGAUUAGGACUGUCCAGUUCACUGCUGCGAGUGAUCGAGAGGAGAGAUACGGUGGACUUUUGGAUCGUCAUAGGAGGCAUGAUCUUCACACUGGUCUUUCUCUAUCUGUGCUACUCGUUCGCGACGAGCUAGGAAAACAAGGUUAAUGAUGAACGAAACGUCUCGAUAGUGGACACUUUUUAUCCUGAACAGCGACAAAAUAAAAUCAUGAAACUAUGAGCAAGUUUUAUUUAAUCUGAAGUCUCGAUAUCGACAGCUUCAGCCCAAAACAUCAUGUCGUCUAGAUGUAGAUGC